AUGUCAUACUCAACAUACUCAUCAUACUCGUGUUCAAAAUUAUUUUCAGGAGGUUUACCAGAAUUAACAAAUGAAAUUUUAAACUACCUCCAUGAUGAUUAUUCAACAUUAUAUUCUUGUGUAUUAGUAAAUAGGUUAUGGUGUCGUUUGGCAGUUCCAAUCUUGUGGCGAGAUCCCUUCUCCAUUUCAACAUAUAAAAAACAUUUAAGUCAUCAUUUCAUAGAUUUUUAUCUGUAUUAUCUUGAUGAUGAUGAUAAGAACGUAUUUAGGGAGGAAUUCGGAAUUAAUAGAAUCGACUUCUUAUUAACAACACCCUUAUUUAAUUAUCCAUCUUUUAUUAAGGCAUUGAAUACGUAUAAACUGGAUUUGAUCGUGUCUGAUUGGAUUGAUUCUUUUACGGAGCAACCGUCAAAUUCUAAAUCUCAUCGAAAGAAAGGAAAUUCUUUAAAUUAUAAUUUACCUCAACCGACCAUGUUGUACCACCCGACUCGACUUCGACAAUACAGACCACCAUCAUUUCAUUUUAAUAAUGAUACACGAAAUUCAUCACCUUUUGAAUCCCCUCCUCCGAGUGGUGGUAAUAUUCGUGAUGAUUUUCAAAAGAAUAUCCUUCCGCCUCCAUUAAUUACCACUUCAUUACAAAGAAAGUAUCGUGGAUCUUGGGAUACCUUACCAUUUCCUUUACCCGUAGAUUUCAAAUAUUUGAAACAGGAAACACCUUUAAUGAUGGAUACAUCACUGCCAAUACGUCCCAUAAAUCCAACUUUUUCAACUCAACCAAUAGUACAACCAAGAAGGCGUCGAAUUCGACGUCGUAUACCAUUUAAUUUGUUAAACGUGAGAACGGUACAACUCGCGUCGUUAAUACCGCCAGAUGAGAAACUUCAGGAUUCAAUAAAGUUGAGACACUUUAUCUGUCGUACCUUAAUUAAAUUAUUUAUCUCGAACUUUGCUUCAUUAAUCACUUUUGAAAUAAUCGUUGAUCGCAAGACGACGUUAUAUGAUUUUAAAUUCAUACAUGAAGUUUAUGAAUUGAUCAAGGACAGCCCAAAAUUCAUCUCUGGGGUUGAGAAUUUCACCUUUCAUCAUAAUCCUACAUCUCAAUACUUUAUAAUGAAUGGGAUUACUGCAACGUCCAUGGAUUCGAUCUUACCUUUCACCUCUUACUUACCUUCAUUAUGUAAUUCGGUUAAAGAUCUAAAGAUUCAAGUUCAACCUUUUCAACCAAAUAAUGUUAGUUUAAAGGCUUCGAAAAAUUUGGCAAGAUUUAUUGAUUCACAGAAAGCGCUUUCUAAACUCACCUUUGCCUUUAACAAGGAUUUUUUACAAGAUUCCUUGUCAACUCUAAAAAGCGUUGCGAGCACCUUAACUUGUCUCAUAUUUGAUUCAUGUCAUUUCAUAAACAUUCAAUCUUUUCAAAGCCUUGAAUGCCUUGAAAAUUUAGAAUCUUUACAAUUUUAUCAAUGUUAUCCCGUGUUAAAGUUGGAAUUGGUUCAACAUUUAUCAAACAUUUCAAACCUCAAGAUCAAGACGUUAGCGAUCGUUACUAAUGAUUCCCAGUUUAUUGAUCCAUCGGAUGAUGUAUUACAAUAUCAAUUAAUAUUUCAUAAAGUUGGGAGUCACUUGGAGAAUUUAAUUUUAUCAAUUUAUGAUAAGAGAAACAUUUUUGAUAGUAUUUCACAUUACUGUGAGAAAAUUAAAUUUAUUCAUUUCACUGAAAUACAACAUGAACACAUCCCUCGAUUAAAUGAUUUACUCUCAUGCUUUGGUACAACCCUUCGAUACCUCACACUUGAUAUUAAGUAUGAUUUUAAUCAUUAUCCAAGAUUUUCUUUCCGUAGACUGAUACGCAUAGAGGAUGAACAUUCGCAAUCCGCCAGUACUUUACUCUUACAACAACUUGGUCAAGCAUUACCUCUUACUUUAGAGUACAUUGAUUUAUUCUUGAUCCUGGAUCCGAUUAACCUUCAAACCUUCUUGGAUAAUUGCAAGCAUCUUAAAUUAAAAAGGUUCUUGCUUAGAAACAUGAGGGAAUUUUAUUUGGACGAUACUUUACAAUUAUUGAAACGACUUAUAAUGGACAUGAAUAGUAUUCAAUGUCUUGCUUAUCGGAUUGGUAAAGGGGUUGAUUCAUUUGAAUGGGAUUUAGGUGGUAAUGGGUUUAGAGAGAGGAAGGAAGCAAAAGAAUUUGAACCGUACGUUAAAGUUAAAAAGUAUUCCGAAGCGGUGAUUAGAAUGUCGGAACCGUUCAACCUUGAAACUUUCACAACUUAUACAUUGUAA